AUGAAGGUCAACACUCUCGCUGUUAUUGCCCUCGGUCUCCUCUCCGGAGAGGCUCUUGGCCAGUCCACCAACACCGGCGCCGCUGCCUCUGCCUCUGCCGCCGUCUCAUCUGCCGCUGCUGCCGGUAGCUCCAUUGCCUCCAGCAUUGCUUCUGCUGCCUCUUCCGUGGCCAGCAGCGUCGAAAGCGCCGCCUCUUCCGCUGCCUCUGCUGCCUCGUCUGCUGCCUCUUCUGCCUCUUCUGCUGCCGCCUCUGCUUCAUCUGCUGCCUCCAGCGCCUCAACUGCCGCUUCUGGCAGCAGCACCAGCACCGGCCCCGUCAGCACCACCGUCACCUCCGUGGAGUCCGGCACCACCAUCCCCCCUACGACCAUCCCCGGAACCACCAACAGCCAGACCACCAUUGCUCCCACCACUGUCCGGGGAAGCACUCGCCCUGCCUCUACUGUCACUUUCACCACCACCUCUUCCACCGGCCUGGCUAUUGCUCCCACCGCUGAUGCCAAGCUGCUGGCUCCCAUCAUCGGUGCUGCCGCCGCUAUGUUGAUGCUGUAA